AUGCAGCUUACUUUCUAUAAAGCCCGGAAUUCUGCCAAUGUGAAAUUAGAGAAUCUGACACCUCUCAGAUCAGACACUUUGGAUACCCCUUCACGGAUCACAAUCAAUACUCCAAUCGAAGUUCAAUCCGAGACCCAGAGCGAUAGCGAUGAUGGAUUCAACGACGGCGAAGCUGCCUACCACAAGUUCAAGGAUCGCAAGUCUGCCAAGCGCAAACAAACUGCAGCUGCAAAUCGCAAAAUGAAGCUUCCCAAGAUCACCAAGAGAGAAAGGCCAAAUGAUGAUAUGAUAGUUGGCCUUGUGAAGCAGGAGAAAGCAAAACCCAGACCGAAGCGACCUAUGAGACAAUAUGGGGAAGUAUCAUCCGAGGACGAUCUGAUGGAACAUACUCUCCCAGGAUAUGUAAAAAAGCGCCGCUCUCAAUUUGAUCAGAACCAAGAACGUCUCGAGGAGUAUGGAUUGAAAUUAGCGCCCUCUUAUGAGGAUGUGGAAUUUUCAGACGACGAGCGCCUUGAGCAUCUAGAAGAGAGACCCUCGUUUCCGGGAAGGACCCCGGUUCGUGAAUAUAAGGACAUCACCUUACCCUAUUCCCUCGGGUUGAUUCCCGCGCCAAUUGCGCAAUGGUUGCGCCAAUAUCAAGUCGAAGGAGUAGCUUUCAUGCACGAGAAGUUUAUCUAUCAGAAAGGUGGCAUUCUCGGGGAUGAUAUGGGACUUGGAAAAACCAUCCAGGUCAUUGCAUUUCUGACAGCAGCCUAUGGCAAAACUGGUGACGAACGAGAUGGAAAACGGAUGCGCAAGAUGCGCAGAUCUGCUGGUAGGCCGUGGUACCCACGCACGUUGAUCGUGUGCCCUGGCACUUUGAUUUUAAAUUGGGUCUCUGAAUUGCAGAAAUGGGGAUGGUGGCAAAUCGAAGUAUAUCAUGGUGCCAGCAAGGAUAUUGCUCUUCACUCGGCGAAAUCGGGUAUGGUCGAAAUCCUGAUUACCACCUACACAACCUAUGUGAACAACAAGGGUCUGGUAAAUCUUGUUGAAUGGGAUUGCGUGAUUGCGGAUGAAUGUCAUAAGAUCAAGGAACGAACAUCAGAAACAACUAAAGCGAUGAACGAAAUUAAUGCCUUAUGCCGUAUCGGCCUGACGGGCACGGCCAUUCAAAAUCGAUAUGAAGAGCUGUGGACCAUGCUAAAUUGGACAAACCCUGGCGUGCUCGGUCCAAUAACAGCAUGGAAAGCCCAAAUUGCAGAGCCCUUAAAGAUCGGACAGUCUCAUAAUGCCACCGUGAAUGAACUAAGCAAGGCCAGAAGAACUGCCAAGAAGCUUGUCGAAAAUCUGCUACCACAGUUCUUUCUGCGGCGCAUGAAAUCCUUGAUCGCAGAUCAAUUGCCGAAGAAGAGUGAUCGAGUGGUCUUUUGCCCCCUCACUUGGUCACAGGCAGAGGCAUACGAAAAUAUCAUCGAUAGCGACAUGGUCCAAACGAUUAAGAAUGCCACAGAUCUGUGCGAUUGUGGUACAGGAAAGAAAGCUGGCUGGUGCUGCCACAAGUUUUUACCGGGCACAGAAACACCAUGGCAAUCCUAUGUCUUCCCUGCGAUAGCCGUAUUGCAAAAACUUAGCAACCAUCUUGCUCUCCUCAUUCCCCAGGGCAAUGACUCAAAGGAGAGACAAGAUAAAGACAGGAAUAUGUUGGAGCUUGCGCUCCCCGAUCAAUGGGAAGAUCUUUUUCGCUCGCGCGACUCGAUUAUGAACUACGCGAACCCUGAGUUCUGCGGUAAAUGGAAGGUUCUCCGCAAGCUGCUCAAGUGGUGGCAUUCGAACGGAGACAAAGUGCUAGUCUUUUCACAUAGUGUGCGUCUGUUGAAAAUGCUGCAGAUGCUGUUCAACCAUACCAGCUACAACGUUAGCUAUCUGGAUGGCUCUAUGAAGUAUGAAGACCGCUCGCUUGUGGUGGACGAGUUCAACUCCGAUCCUAGACAGUUUGUCUUCCUUAUUUCUACCAAAGCCGGCGGUGUCGGCCUAAACAUCACAUCUGCGAACAAGGUCGUGGUGGUGGAUCCUAACUGGAAUCCAUCCCACGAUCUUCAGGCACAAGACCGAGCUUACCGUAUUGGACAAGUUCGCGAUGUUGAGGUCUUUCGUCUUGUUUCUGCUGGUACGAUCGAGGAGAUCGUCUACGCCCGGCAGAUCUACAAACAACAACAGGCAGAAAUUGGAUACAAUGCGAGCUCUGAGAGGCGAUAUUUUAAGGGAGUCCAAGACCAGAAAGACCAAAAGGGGGAGAUUUUUGGCAUGCAAAACCUGUUAUCGUAUCAAUUCGAUAACAUUGUCCUUCGCAAUAUCGUCAAUACGACAAACGUCGCUGAAAGUCGAGCUGGUGUCCAAGUCAUGGAUUUACACGUUGAAGAAGACGAAGAAGUCCCUGAUACUGGCGACAGAUCUGUAAAGUCUGAGGACGAAACCAUGCGCCAAUAUGCCGCUAUGCUCUGUGGUGAGAAGGAAGAUGACGGCGCCAAACCUCGAACUGCUCCACAUAAACACGACCCGGUUCAAGCGAUUCUCUCCAGUGCAGGGGUGGAAUAUACACAUCUUAACAAUGAAGUGAUCGGUUCUUCCCGUGUGGAAGAGAAGCUCAGCCGUCAAGCCGAGCAGGUCACCAACGAUCCUGGCGCCAACUUCAGAGUCUUUCAGGGAUCAUCCCAAAUGCAGCUAGAUGAGACAUCAUUAGCUGAAGUCGGUCAAACGCCCCGCCAGCCUAACAUGAAUUUUCGGUUUAAGUAUCAUCCGCCGGAAGCUGUCAAACGCCGACAGUUUUGCAGUAUGGCGCGGCGACUGGGGUAUGCCGAUGCGACUGAGUUUGCGCUCGUCGUUGAAGGUAUGACCCAGGCUGAACGAAGAGCGUGUCUUGAUCGAUGGUACGCUGAACGACGGGACAUCUUACUGUCUAGAGGUGAGAAGGUCAGGGAUGAGCAGAACAAGGGCGGGCAGAUCAAGGACGAACAGAUCAAUGAUGAAACGGUCCGGAUGAAAAUGGAUCAAGAACGAGCAGUUCAAAAAGAGAUCAAAGGUAGCCUGUGA